AUGGAUAUGGAGGUCGCACUAGUAUGUGAGGCCAUCCAGAAUGGCCUUGGAGGUCACAUCAAGAUGAAGAAGAACAAUGGCGGGAGCCUUACGUUCCCCCAUGACUGCUGUAGGUUGGGUCGCAAACUCAUCGAGGCGCUUGGCCUGGACAACAUCCAAGGCGGGUUCAACCUCCAGAAGUGGAACCGAAUCUGCACUCGCAACUGGGUGCACCCUUUGUAG